AUGGAUUGGUCAAAUAAUAGUAUUUAUCAAACAAAUAAUCCAAAUCAAAUUAUUCGUAAUAUGGCUCGUGAAUUAGAAGAAUCAACAGUUGGACCAUUACAAAAUCCACUACUUUCUCAAACAAAUAAACAUGUUCUUCGUCAUGAUCCAAUAUCAUGGUUGCCAACCCCACCACAUUUAAAUCAAUCAUUAUUAAUCAAUGGAAAUUAUUCGUGUCCUGAUGGACGAUCAUUAUCAGCAGUUCAAUCACCUGAUUUUAAUCGUUCAAAUCUUAAUAUUAAACGUAAUCAAUUACCAUUUGGUAUCGAUGAAUCAUAUCAUUUAUUUCAAGCAUAUCAACAACAAAUUCAAAAUGAUAAUUUACAAAAAUCAAUGAUUAUUGAUAAACAACAAUGUAUGACACAGAUGCAAUAUCCAAUAAAUAAUAUUCAACCACAUUCAUUACCAUCACUCGAUCUUCAUGUUUCAUCUCAAUCAUCAUUCGGUAAAAAUUCUUCUAUUUUAUUUAUAACAAAAACUAAUAAAUAUCAACAUAAAAUACUUCCUUGUUCAGAUUUUUUACAACAAUAUCCUUCUCAACCAUCUCCAAUGAGAUCAACAUCAUGUUUUGCUUUAUUAUCAUCAACAAAAAAUGGACAUAGAACAAAUUCAAAUAUUGAUACAUCAUUUUCAGAAAAUAAUAUAACAACAAAUAGCAAAAAAUCUUCAACACGUAACGAUAUAUUACAAAAUGUACCAACUGAUAUUCUUGAAAAAAUUGAUGAAGUUAUUUUAAAUGUUAUAUCUGGUCAUGGUGAUAUACCUCUUGAAUCUGAAAGUACAACACGUCAUCGUUAUCAAUCACGUUUAUCAUGUAAUGAACAACAUAAUGUUAUUUGUGAUUCAUCAUACAUUCAAUUAAAUCAAGAAAAUUUAUCAACACAACAAUAUGAUUAUUUUCCUUCAACAUCUCAAGAAUCAGGACGUACUGUUGUAGCUGAACUUAUUUCAUCAAUAUUAUCUAAUGGUGCAUCAUCAUCUGUAAUGUGA